CUUCAUUUUUGGCAGCCUGAAACUACGGUCGGUGGUCAGAAGGGUGCGGUGCGUUCUUAUUGGUUCCGCUAGCUAAAACACGCCACGACGUUGGCUUUAAGCGCGACAAUAAGCGUGUUUUCGAAGGGUAUUCAACAUGAAGAUUAAAAAUAUGAUGUCUAGAGAUAAAAGUGCGCGCAUGCUCGUUGUAAAAUCAUGGUGUUUGUAUGUAGAAUGGUUAACAAAUCUUACUUUGAAAAAGCGGCAUCCUUCAACAUGACCUAAAAUGGUAGUAGCAGAGACUACUCCUAAAUUUUUUAUAAACUUUGCGCAAAACUGGCAGCUCGCACUUUUCGACUUUUUUCCCUCUACUCCACUUAUUUCUCCCAAUGGCUCCACCAAAAGCAACAAAGGUUUCCUCAUCCACCAAGAAGGCCGAUCACCCCUCGUAUGAGGAUAUGAUUCAAGCUGCCAUUGUCGCUCUCAAGGAUCGCAAGGGUAGCUCCAGACCUGCUAUCAAGAAGUAUAUCUUGGCAAACUACAAGAUCACCCCUGGUUCUCAUUUCGAUACACAAAUUGCUGCCGGUAUUAAGCGCGGUGCCGAUAAGGGCGUUUUCACUCUUCCCAAGGGACCCAGUGGAAGUGUCAAGCUUGGCAAGCCUGAGAAGAAGGCUACUGCUGGUGAGAAGAAGGUCACCAAGGUCACCAAGGCUAAGGUAGCCAAGAAGGCUGCCCCCAAGAAGACUACCACUGCCAAGAAGGCUGCUGCCCCCAAGAAGGCUGCUGCUAAGAAGGCCUCUGCUUCUAAGAAGGCCACUGCCUCCGCAUAAGCCUACAGAUAAGGCGACAUUCAUAUCCUCCUCUGUACAGCUCUUUCUCGUUUGAUAAUGUUUCUGUUCCUUCUCUCUCUGUGAUUACUUGGAUAUACACCUCCCUAUAUUCCUAUAUUUUUAUUUCG